UGUUUUGAACCUGUACUCUGAUGCAGUAAAAAUAUCUGACUCAGCUAUUGUAAAUGUAAAAUUUCAUGCGUUGCCUUGUAAGUGGUCCUUCGUCCAGGUGAGGGCAGCAACACACUGACAGACUUCAGCCGAGGAAGUGUCAGUUUCCAGCUGAGGUGGCGGUAGAUGACAGUGUACUCAGCGCACUGUAGAAGCAACCCAGGGUUUGUGAGAAAUACGAGCAAGUUGUGAACACAGACCAUAGAUUACUGUUUGUUGUGUGACGUGUUGUUUUGUGAGCACGAGGAGCACAGGAUGGGCCGUAAAGUGACUUUGUCAACAUGCUCAUUAAAUCAGUGGUCUCUGGACUUUGAAGGCAACACGGCGAGGAUCUUGAAGAGUAUUGAGAUAGCUAAGGCAAAUGGAGCCAAAUAUAGGCUGGGUCCAGAGCUGGAGAUAUGUGGGUAUGGCUGUGCAGAUCACUUCUAUGAGUCAGACACGCUGCUUCACAGCUUUGAGGUCCUCAAGACUCUUCUGGAAUCUCCCAUUUCCCAAGACAUCAUCUGUGAUGUUGGAAUGCCCAUCAUGCAUCACAAUGUGCGCUACAACUGCCGUGUGCUCUUUCUUAACAGAAAAAUUCUACUGAUCAGACCUAAGAUGCUGAUGGCCAAUCAUGGCAUCUACAGAGAGAUGCGUUGGUUCUCCCCUUGGAGUCGGUUAAGGCAGGUGGAAGAGUAUUUCCUGCCCAGAAUGAUCCAGGGGGUAACUGGCCAGGACACAGUGCCAUUUGGUGACUGUGUGCUGUCUACUAAGGACACCUGCAUUGGCACGGAAAUCUGUGCAGAGCUCUGGAACCCCAACAGCCCUCAUAUUCAGAUGGGGCUGGAUGGUGUUGAAAUCUUCACUAAUUCUUCUGCUAGCCACCAUGAGCUCCGUAAAGCUGACCAAAGAGUCAACCUUAUCAAGUCAGCCACCACCAAGAGUGGGGGUAUCUACCUGUAUGCCAAUCAGAGGGGCUGUGAUGGAGACCGUGUGUACUAUGACGGUUGUGCCAUGGUGGUUAUCAAUGGAGAUGUAGUAGCUCACGGAGCACAGUUUUCCCUUGAUGAUGUGGAAGUGAUUACAGCCACUCUGGAUCUGGAAGAUGUCCGCAGUUACAGAGGAGAACUAUGCCAGCCACAUAUGGAAGGAGAACACAAGUCUUGUCACAGGAUCAAAGUGGACUUUUCUUUAUCCAGCCCUAAUGAUAUCUACCUCCCCACACACCAGCCAAUACAGUGGCACUUUCACACACCAGAGGAAGAGAUCAGUCUAGGACCAGCCUGUUGGCUGUGGGACUACCUUAGGAGAAGUGGCCAGGGUGGAUUUCUGUUGCCUCUGAGUGGUGGCGUGGACAGCUCCUCUACUGCCUGUAUAGUCCACUGUAUGUGUGUGCUACUCUGCCAAGCUGUGAAUGAUGGCAACAGCCAGGUGCUGAAGGAUGUUCGUAGUGUGGUUGGAGAUGACUCAUACACACCACAGAACCCAAAACAGCUGUGUGGUCGCAUCUUUACCACCUGCUAUAUGGCCAGUGAAAAUUCCUCACAGGAUACAUGCAGCAGGGCCAGGGACCUUGCUUGUCAGAUUGGAAGCACACAUAUGAAUGUUAGCAUAGAUAUUGCGGUGAAAGGCAUUCUGGGCAUCUUCUCAUUGGCGACUGGACGAUGGCCCCAGUUUCGUGCAAAUGGCGGAAGCAACAGAGAAAACCUGGCUCUGCAGAAUGUGCAGGCUCGGGUCAGGAUGGUCCUGGCAUACCUUUUUGCCCAGUUGAGUCUGUGGGCCCGUGGUAAGCCUGUUGGACUGCUGGUUUUGGGCUCAGCUAACGUCGAUGAGAGCCUCACAGGAUAUUUCACCAAGUAUGACUGCUCUAGUUCAGACAUAAACCCCAUUGGUGGAAUCAGCAAGACAGAUCUAAAGAACUUUCUUGUUUACUGUGCAGAAAAGUUCCAGUUCACCACUCUGAGAGGCAUCCUGGCUGCUCCGCCCACUGCUGAACUGGAGCCUUUGACAGAAGGACAGCUUUCACAGACAGAUGAGGCAGACAUGGGGAUGACUUAUUCUGAGUUAUCAGUGAUUGGAAGACUGCGGAAGAUCUCAAAGUGUGGGCCCUUCAGUAUGUUCUGUAAGCUCAUUCAUAUGUGGAAGGAUGUCCUUUCACCUGCUGAGGUGGCUCAGAAGGUAAAACACUUCUUUAGGAUGUACUCAGUGAACCGUCACAAGAUGACCACAGUGACUCCUUCUUACCAUGCUGAGAGCUACAGUCCUGAUGACAACCGUUUUGACCUUCGGCCUUUCCUCUACAACACACGUUGGACAUGGCAGUUCAGGUGUAUUGAUAACCAGGUUUUCCAGAUGCCAACAACAAGCCCAACCAAUGCCAACCAGAGGACCUCAGUGUGAAAGGUUUUUGAGAGAAACAAACCACACAGCCCUGUCGUCUCUUUUACUGUGUUUUCAUUUGUUUUAUAAAUCUACUCUUUGCUAAUUUUGUGAUCCGAGGGUGUGUUUGUGCAUGUGUGCAGUGGGUCAAAUACAUAACAGCUGUCUGUGUACAGGAGCUUAACUUAUCUGAAUACAUAUGGAUAGCGUGUUUAUAAAACAUGUUUUCAUUACAAGUUUAACUAAAACUACAGAAAAGAUUUAUUUAGCAUUGAUAUAAUGGUGCAUGAUACAUGUUCAAAUUGAAGUGAUAUUUUCUAUAUAGAUGAUUUACUUUACCAGGAGUCUAGAUUGAAAGUUUCAACAGUAAUCCAGCACUGAUCUGUUUUUUUCCUCCACAAUCCUAAGGCCAGGAUAAGCUAGGUCUGCUGACAUGUUGCGUGUCUUCCUAACUGCUGUGAUGAACCAAAGCAAUAAACCCAGGUAGCAAACUAUUGAUACCAAGGUCCUGCUCAGACCUGGCAUUUCCAUCCACCCUCAUUUCAACUGUUAUUAUUCAGUCGCUAACACGGCUGAGGUUUGUCUAAGUCUUUGUUUUGUGAAGUUGUUUCAGCAACAACAUUGUUGGCGAGCUUCAUUACGUAGAAUACCAAACUGUAUUACUGAUAAACAUUCUUCUGGAAUUGUGCCUGAACAUGUUGCACCCUAUGCUGCUCACAAGCAGCUAAAUACCAAACUGUGUUGGUUCGAUCCAUUUAGUUCCACCUUUCCACUGAUUGAUGCCUUGACCUGUGCCUGAGGUACAGCUAGUGCUGUGCUGCGUAAAUACAUUUUAUUAUUUAUUAUUAACAAUCUCCAUGUUUUCACUCCAGUUGGAUAUUGAAUAAAUUAUUAUUAUAUCUAGUAACUAAAAUAGUUACCUUACCAGUAAUCAUAUUAAUAUAUUUCUCUGAUUAAUAAGGAAACAAGAACAUGACAUAUUAACAUAAAACCUAACUAAAGAUCUUUAGGGUUUGAGAUGUCCUGAUGCCAGAAAACAGCCUCAAUCAUAGCAGAGGAAGUGAAGUACCUUCAGUUGGCACGGACACUGCUUGCCCUCAGGAAAUCAGCUGGAUCCACUCAACCUGGUCAACCAAGUUUGGAUCCACUUCGAUAAAAGUGGAUCCAGAUCUGGUUGAUCAGGUUGAGUUGUGGUUCUGUGCUGCUCAUCCAUCAUUGUGUCUCAGUAUCAGUCUAGCUCUCUUGCUACGAAAUUUACACUUAGUACUGAGAACAAACAGAAGACGCAGGAGGGCUUUUCCAUACCUGCUUAGGAAAAAUAGAUUCUAUUAUUUGUUUCAAACCACUUGUGUACUUUCCAAGAGAGACAGAAUUCCAGACCAUACAUAAAUAGGAACUGUCUUUCUGGAGUUUCUGGACAGUUGGAGCAGUGUUUAACUCAAGUUCUGAGACAAUCACUGAGAUAAUCUCAGCUUAGAGUGUAACUACUGGAAUAAGAACAAAUCUAAAGAGCAUAUUACUGUCAUGUAUUCACAUGCAUCUAAAUAAACUGUUUAUUAAAAUAUUUGGUCAACAGUUCGAAAUAUUGCAUUUUGGACAAUUUCAGCAGCACAGUCUGUGAAAUAGAAGCUUAUUGAUUCAGUCACAGUGUAAACUGUUUGAAAUGAUUACAAGAUUGUUUUUAGUGGUGUUUUAUCCCAACUAGCCUUCUCUUCUCGUCUCUUGCCUCAAAACCAAUGGAACAUGGAAGUCUGUGCUUUGAGUGCCUUGUUGCUGAACUGCGCUAUAUAAAUAAACUUGACUUGUGUUACUGAAAUUCAUUUCAUAUUUAUUACACUUACACAUUACCAUGGAGAUUUUAGUGAAGUGUUAGAUUUGUUCCACUCAGCCACUGAGUGCGGCCUGAGAGAAGCUACCUCUCAGCAUCAGUGACCCUCUUUUGAACUUCACAGGUAAAACACUCAGAAAAAAACAGGGUCAAGGCAAAUAAAUGUUCUGGGGGAAAACAUUUCAGGGUUUCAUUUGAAUUGCUCCUAUUGUUCUUGAAAAUGAUAUCCUGUGAUAAUUUCCCUUUAAGCACAUAAAACAAAAACAGCUGUAGAGGAAUUUAAAUUGAACUGACUGUAACAGAGGGGUGAAAUUAAAAAGCUGGUAGUACUAAGCCUAUCAGAAAGGUUAAGUGCAAAGCUCCACCCAAAGGUUUAGCAUAGUGUCAAACAUACCAGGUUGGUUUUGACCUUUUGGAUUGUGGUAUUUGUGAGCCCCCCUCCUUUAACCCUGUAAAAAGACCCUGGUUCCUGGAAAAGGGUUUUGUGUUAAAAAUAUUUCAACUUGUUUUGUAUUUGAAAUGUUCUGAAGAAUGUCUACCAAAUUGUACAAUUUAACUGUUUCCAGCCUUGACACUAAGCUGUGUCUGAAAUAAAUCUUACAACACAAAAGCUC